AGAGAGAGAGACGCAGACUCCCACCUCGCCGUGAGAACAGAACAGUGCUUAACCGGACGUGCGUUUCUCUUCCAUACGCCGCGCGUUGCUCACGGGGGCGCGGAUCCAGGGGCGCAGCUGGCAUCGGGGGCUCGAACCUGCGGAAAGGACACGGAUCCAGUACCGGGACUGACCCUGAGGAUGAUGAAGUUGGUCAGUGGGGGCUCUAUAGUGAAUGCUGAGGCAGUAUGGGACCAUGUGACCAUGGCUGACCGGGAGCUGGCCUUCAAGGCUGGUGAUGUCAUCAAGGUUUUGGACGCCUCUAAUAAGGACUGGUGGUGGGGUCAAAUCGAUGAUGAGGAAGGCUGGUUUCCUGCCAGCUUUGUCAGGGUGAAGUCCCACCCCCCUCAAACCAAACAGCUUUUUUAUAUCAACCCUGUCGCCGCAUCACGCCUCACAAACGCCACGGCUAAGUUAUGGGUAAAUCAAGAGGAAAACAACGCGGUCGAGGCUGCCGAAAGCUCCAGCGAGGUGCAGAACGGCCACGCGGAGGCCAGUCCGAACCCCAGCACCGACUGCCUGUGUCUGGGCCAAUCCACCCAGAACCGAGAUCAGAUGAGAGCCAAUGUCAUCAAUGAGAUCAUGAGCACAGAACGGCAUUACAUCAAACACUUAAAGGACAUCUGUGAGGGGUAUCUCCGUCAGUGUAAAAAAAGAAGAGACAUGUUUAAUGAUGAUCAGCUAAAGGUGAUUUUCGGGAACAUCGAAGACAUUUACAGAUUCCAGUUGAGCUUCGUCAGAGAUCUAGAGAAACAGUUUAACACGGAGGAGCCUCAUCUCAGCGAGAUCGGACCCUGCUUCUUAGAACACCAAGACGGAUUCUGGAUCUACUCGGAAUACUGUAACAACCACAUCGACGCCUGCAUGGAGCUCACACGUCUCAUGAGAGAUGCACGAUACCAGCACUUCUUUGAAGCGUGUCGAUUGGUCCAGCAAAUGAUCGACAUCGCCAUCGAUGGCUACCUGCUCACACCUGUCCAGAAAAUCUGCAAAUACCCUCUACAGUUGGCGGAGUUACUGAAGUACACAGUACAAGAACACAGCGAUUAUCGGUAUGUGGCCGCAGCUCUGGCUGUAAUGAGAAAUGUCACUCAGCAAAUCAACGAACGUAAACGAAGACUUGAGAACAUCGACAAAAUCGCCCAGUGGCAGGCCUCCGUACUGGACUGGGAGGGUGAGGAUAUUCUGGACAGGAGCUCAGAGCUUGUGUACACUGGGGAGAUGUCCUGGAUAUAUCAACCAUACGGGCGCAGCCAAAGCAGAAUAUUCUUUCUGUUUGAUCAUCAGAUGGUACUCUGCAAGAAGGAUCUCAUUCGACGUGAUAUUCUGUAUUAUAAAGGCCGGAUUGAAAUGGAUCGGUAUGAGGUCAUCGACGCAAUCGACGGUCGAGAUGAUGAUUUUAACGUCAGCGUAAAGAACGCCUUCAAACUGGCCAACAAAGACACGGACGAAAUACAUCUGUUCCUGCCCAAAAAGCUGGAGGAGAAGAUCCGCUGGCUUCGAGCGUUCCAGGAGGAAAGGAAAAUGGUUCAGGAAGAUGAGAAGAUUGGGUUUGAAAUCUCGGAGUAUCAGAAGAGGCAAGCUGCUAUGACCGUCAGAAGAGCGACCAAACAGAAAGGUCGGUCAGUACCUCCAGCAUACCCCCCUCCUGUGGACCCCAUGAACCCCGGGCAGUUCCUCCUCCCUGACGGCUACGGACAGGCCGACGGAUACGAAUACGAGCCCAAACGCAGCACAUCUCCCUUUUGGCAGAACUUCAGUCGGUUAGCUCCCUUUAAAAAAUAGACCACACAUCCACCAGGGGUUAAAGACACCAGCCUCUGUAUAUCUGAAAAAGCACUAUUCUACUUAAGUUAUAUCUACGGACGUUAGGAGGACCGACACGACACAAACUACCGGAGAGAGGAUGGACCUCGCUUUCCUCGGGGUUUACCAGUUGUAUUUGGGGUUCAAAGGACAUCUUGCUGGGCUGGUUGCACUGAAUUCUGCACACUGUAUACUGUAAUUCACUAAAAAUAAAACACACACACGCGGAAAACCCGAUAUUUUAUUCCUCAGCACUCUUCUUAUAGAGAGGUUUUAAAUGAUAAAAUAAGGAUAAUCUUCUGUUGUUUCUUCUUCUGUACACACAAAUCGACGGAAAGAGAAUUUUCACCUUUCAAAGCACUACAACACCGUAACGACUCUGCUCUCUCUCUUGCGCCGCCCUGGUGUUCCUCCGUGCACUGUGACUAUUCAGGGCAUUCUGUCUCACCCAAUCUCUCUUUUCUCUCAUGCUCCAUGUGAUUUUCCUACAUUUCAAGCCUGGGCAAACCCUCGAGUCGUCAUUUUCCUGGAUGAUUUCUCUUGCUGCAUUCUUGAGUUUUGCAUGUAAUUCUGCACAGGUCAUCAUUACAGGUAUUUUUAUUUGUGUUACUCUAUCUGUACGGGUCAAAGUGUAUCACGGUCUGCAAAGUCUUUA